CACGCGCACCAACAGGACCGAGGCUCGUGCAGGCUCUUAGCUCAAACCGUGUUCGGAUAUGUAGUGUGUGUGUGUGUGUGUGUGUGUGUGUGUGUGUGUGUGCGCGCGCGCGCUGGUCCGGUUCCGGUUCGGUUCCGGGGCUCGUGUGUCCGCUGUGGCUUUGUUCUCUCCUCUGUUUGUUUCUGUUCCAGUUCAGGAGUCCGCUGUUUGUUUGGAGCCGCUGAACAAAGAGCUGUUGUGCCUCUACCUUUGUUCCCUCCGGACCUCCGCCUGUUUUCAGCCCAAAAACUGAAGUGAGGGCUGGUCCGUGCUCCAGUCAUGACCUCUGGGAAUGGGAAUAGCACCGGCAGCCAACACAACGCAGAGGCCAGACCAGCCCAGGCCUUAGUCAAGGCCCACAUCCUCACCCAUCUGGUGGAGGGCUUUGUCAUCCAGGAGGGGUCGGAGCCGUUCCCAGUGGAACGUCCGUCUUUCUCCAUCGAGAGUCUGAGGAGACAAACAGAGUCAAAGAUGGACGUCCUCUCACCAAAGGAGGUAAAGCCACAGCAGGAGCCCAUGUUGACCUGUGAACUGUGUGGAAGGGUGGACUUCGCCUACAUCUUCAAAAGGUCCAAGAGGUUCUGUUCAACCUUCUGUGCCAAACGAUACAACGUGGGAUGCACCAAGAGAAUGGGUCUGUUCCCAAACCGUAAAACCACCCUGGAGAACCUAAAGAAACAAAGAGCGCUCAAUGGAAACCACAAAAAUUCCACAUUAGAGGUCAAAAAGAAGACGCCUCCGUCUGUGCAAAAGCCUCCUGUUCCGGUUCUGUCCGGCCCUCCGUCCAUCCAUCCGGCCCAGGCCCAGUCCAGCCAGUGUUCAGAACUGUCCGGAUACGACCUGGCGCCCUCGCCUCUGCUGACCCCCCAGCGCCUCCCCGUGGUCCGAGGGUCCGACGUGGCCCUGCUGACCCACAGCUGUCUGCCCAGCGACCCGGGGAAGUGGAAUGUGGACGACGUUUACGAGUUCAUCUGUUCUCUACCGGGUUGUCUGGAGAUCGCGGAGGAGUUCCGUUGUCAGGAGAUUGACGGCCAGGCACUGCUGCUGCUCAAAGAAGACCACCUGAUGGGAACCAUGAACAUCAAACUGGGCCCGGCGCUCAAAAUCUUCGCUCAGAUCAGCCUCCUCAAAGACUCGUAGCCUCGGCCUCGCCGUCCGGAGGCAGCUUCGCCGCAGCUCCACAAAAGCUCAGGAUCUGACAGAUGUGAUGAUGUCACAGCCUGCUGACCACAGGGGACACGCCCACUGACCGACUGACCCCAUGUGUCUGCUGUCCGCAGCCCGGCCAGAGGGCGGGGCUAUCUGACCACAACAUCACUGACCGUCUAUUAACGCCAUAAAUAUGGAAGUAAAUUUAUGUCAUCAGAUUUUGAAUUAGAAAAGUCAUUGAAUUUCUAGCACUGAUUUUUUUUUUUUUGCACUGAAAUUAAAUAUCUGAAUUUUUUGCACCCGAA